CUGUCUGUCUCUCUGUCCAUAUAUGUGUCUGUCCAUCUCCAUGUCUCUAUCUUUGUGUCUCUGUCUCUUUGUCUCUGUGUCUAUCUGUCCAUCUCUGUGUCUGUAUGUCUCUGUGUGUUUGUUUGUCUGUCUGUCUCUCUGUCUCUGUAUCUAUCUGUCUGUCUUUUUGUCUGUAUGUCUCUGUGCAUCUGUUUGUCUGUCACCUUCCAUACAAGUUGUUUUUUCAGAUCAUCAGACUCUCCCUGGCUAAAUAAGCAGCACAAUGUCAGAAAGAGAAGAGGAGUCGUUUAAAUCUGUGGAGCUUGAGCAGAAUGCAGCUGAUUCGUCUAAUGCAGACCCCGAGGUCCUUCAGUCCAACCCCAGUGCCCCAUCCUCAACUGUCACUCAGAGCACUGAGACUGAGGAGAAGACAUCGCCACCAGCAUCCACCACCAGCACCACCACCAGCACCAAUGCAGAACAGAAGUGGGCCACAGCGGUGAACCAGUUCAAGCUCAGGAGAUUCUUUGUCCUUCGGCCUGGAACUCUGGACAGCGCAAUUGAGGACAUCAAAUCACUGGUAGACCAGAAAGUGGAUGGUGCUGUCCAGAGUGUUUGGCUUCUGGUUGAGAUUGAUCACUGGAACAAUGAAAAAGAGCGAGUGGUGUUGAUCACGGAGAAGUCCCUCCUCAUCUGCAAGUACGAUUUCAUCAUGCUAAACUGCGAGCAGAUCCAGAGAAUUCCUCUUAAUCUUGUUGACCGGAUCACCGAGGGUGCCUUUACUUUCCCCCCUCGCUCCCUCCUCACGAGAGAGGGAGAUGGAGUGCGUGUGUUUUGGGACAAACUCCGAGAGCCCUCAUUAACAUCACGUUGGAACCCUUUUGCAAAUGACUACCCCUACACUACACUGACCUACCACCCAGUUCGAAAUGUUAAUGAGAAGCUGACCAAACUUUGUGAGCUUCAGAGUUUCAAGGAGCAGUUGACCGCUGCAGCUCAGAAAGCCCACAGUCUGAAUCCAGUCCCAGGGAAAGCCAACGGCGUUCUGCUUCUGAACCAGCCCAUCCUCAUCGAGGCCUAUGUAGGCCUCAUGUCAACCCUUGGCAACCAGAACAAGCUGGGCUACUGCUUAGCAAGAGGCAAUGUUGGUUUCUGAAUGGAAAUUCUGGUUUGAUCAGCUACCAGUUGUAUUGAAGUGACCGACAGGUAAUGGUUGUAUGUUCGGAAAAUAUAGUUCUUAAAUGUUUUUAAUAAUUCAUGUUAAUUCUGUUUGUCUACAUAUUGGGCAUAUUGUUCCUUUUUCAAGCUAAGCAUCUCCAAAAAUGUUGACAUAUCAAAGCAAUGUGAUCACUGGUACCUUAAAACUGUGCUCAUUAUCCACUUUGCUGUAUACUGAGGCUGUGUAGCAUUCUCAGUUACAAUGUUUGACAAUAUAUUUUGUCAGAAUGUUCUUCUUAACCAUUACAUUUUAAGUUUGGUGUUUAUAAGUUUCCAAGAAAAUGAGUCUGAAAAAGAAUGUCAUCUUCACUCCUUCUUCUCUUCUAAGAACUAGAGAUUUACCAUUAAUAAAAUGAUACAAUAUGAUGAUAUUCAAAAUGUUCUUCUAGAUGCUUCAAAUGAUUGUCACUACCCCCAGUUUAUAUUGAGGUGGAGGCUGCUUAAGUGGUUGGUAUUUUGAGAGGCAGCGUUUGUGCUCUUGAGAUUUGGAACACAGUAUGAGGACAGCUGUCCUCCAUUUUUUUAUUUUAUUAGAUUUUUUUCAGACAAUUUUCAACGAGGCUUCCUGAAGAAUGCGAAUAUUUUUUUUUUACAUGACCAUGGUUUAAUGAAGGUUUGAACAACAUAAUGGACAGAACUAAGGAAUAAAUGAGGAAAAAAUGUUUUUAUACAAAACAGAUGACACUGUGAGAGCGUGUAUGUUUUACCAUCUAUGGCAUAUAUGCCUCAUGAUUGUACAAUGAGGAGUUUCUCAUCCAGUGGAUCAUUUACCACCCUGCUUAGAGUCUCUUUCUCUUUUCAUUUACUCUAUAACAAUUCUGUCAUCAGUCCUACCAUUUGCUGCUCCUUCAAUAAUGCAGCGCUCCUUACAGGCUCCCUGAAGCAUGACGGUGUGUGUCAUAUUAGGGUGAUGGUAGGAAUCUUGUUUUGAACAGUCAAUGAUGUGCUAGAAUUUUCCCGGUUUUGUAAGUUCUGCUUGUUUAACAGAUUAAACACAAAUCCCUGAGUACAGCUGAUGCAGAAACUGAUUCGACAUUCCAUUGCCUUUUGGGAGUCACUCAGAAAUCCUAAAAAGCAUCCCAUGAUGCUAUCACUGCCUGUGUGCAAACUAUCUUUUCAUUCCACAUUAAAAACAGUGAAAUAUGCA